AUGCGUAGCGCAAAGGCCAAGGUGUGCGUCGGCGGCGCGGUGGCGGUGCUGGUGCUCGUAAUCUUCCUCGCCGCCUGCUUCGGCGGCCCGAACAAGUGCAUAGGCGGCGGCGGCGCCGCCAAGAGUAGCGUGACCCAGCCGGCGCCCUCAUCGCCGGCGGCCGCCGCCGACGCGACAAAGGCCGCGGCGGCGCCGGCGUCGGCGCUGGCGCCGGGGGUGGACGCGAGCGCGGCCGGCGUAGAGGACACGCCGGCGACUCCGGAGGAGCAGCAGCGGUUGCGGGACGCCCAGGCCGCGGACAAUACAGGCGCUGACGUCAUCGGCCAACCGACCGCCGCCGCGGGCCUUGUCGCUGACCCACAGGCGCCGCCCGACGCAGUGGACGCACCCCCGCCCGCGCCGGCAGCGGACCCCUCCGCCGCGGCGGCGCCUGCGGACGCGGGGGGCGACACGAUACCUGUGGAUGCGAACGGGGAGCCGACGGGGAUGGCGAUGGACGCGGCGGGCAACCCUGUGCUUGCACCUGUGCCUGCGACCCUGGAUGGCCUGCUGGCGCAGGCUAUUGCCCAGCAGGCCGCGCAGCAAGCCGCCGCGUCGGCGCCGGCGCCGGCACCUGCGCCCGCAGACCCAGGAGACGCCCAGGCCGGCGCGAGCGGCGGGGACGCGCCCGCGACGCCGGCACAGCUCGCUGGCGUGUUCGAGCCCCUCGGCCACGGCGCGACGGGCAAUGACGCCGCGGUGCAGUCCGCGGGCCGGCAGGCGCAGCCGCCGCCGGAGGCCGCGGCGGCGCCGGCUCCGGUGCAGGAGCCGGCGAUAGCCCCCAGGCCUGACGCGCUGGCGGGCGGGCGCUGA